GACUGCGUCACAAUAUUGCAAAUGAAGAAUUCUGCGCAUAACGGCAUAAAACAUAAGCUACUCCGCUGGCAAGUAAGCCGUCUGCCGGUCUCGCACUUGUCUCCGCGAAAUCAAUAAUGAAACACAAACUACUCGCAGUCUCUUGAUGUUUGCUUGCCUCUAAAAUACAGUGAUCGUGUUCACACAUUUCUUAUUUUACAAUCGGUAGCAGGCUAUACACCGCGGCAUUAGCAGUGAGAGCCAAAAACCGUCUGCGAACGCUUUCUCACUUCAUAUUUUUCGUCAACACAGUCUCUUCUUUUACAUCGUGUGCAGACAGUUUUGAUAAAUAAACGCGGAAUGUCGAUCUUGGAUGAAAGGUUGACGGAUGAGAUCGAGGCGUUACAAGCUAUCCUAUUAGACGAUGAACUACGAAUCGUCGAGAAUGACAGGGGUGAACCCGAAGUAGUUGAAGCACUAGUAUUCCCGUCAACUGGAGAAGACUCUGAAUCUCAAUAUGUUUGUGUAAAAUUAAAUGUUACCCUUGUACCAAACUAUCCUGAUGCUAAACCUAUUGUGAGUUUGAGAAAUCCUAGGGGUUUAGACGAAGACACUGUUAAAAAAAUUCAAAAAGAUGUCGAUGCCAAGUGUGAAGAUUUUAUAGGUCAACCUGUCAUAUUUGAGUUGAUUGAGCUUGUAAGAGAGCAUUUGACAACGAGUAAUCUCCCAACGGGUCAAUGUGCUGUAUGUUUGUAUGGUUUUCGCGAUGGUGAUAAAUUUACAAAAACUGAAUGUUACCACCACUUUCAUUCACAUUGUUUAGCUGCUCAUGUGGUUGCUUCAGAAAAGUCUUACAACGAAGAGCAGGAUAAGUUGCCAUUGUGGCAAAAAGAUGCUACUAAUAAGUUUCAAGCUUUAUGUGCAGUAUGUCGUGAACCAAUUAGCUGUGAUGUUUCUAGUCUUAUUAGUGCACCACCUCCUUUAGAUGUUGAGGCUGCUACUGGUUUUGUACUGACUCAAGAGUUGCAAGAGAUGCAGCGUCAAAUGGCUGAACUUUAUGUUUAUCAACAAAGUCGUGGUGGUAUUAUUGAUAUUGAGGCAGAAGAAUCAAAACUUCUCCUUACUACGGAAGAUGAUCCUGUUGAUGAGCGGCCAACUCCUGCUAGUACCAGUGUAACUACAACCUCCAACAAUUCAGCUACUGUGCAACCAAAGCAGCAACCACAACAGCAGCAGCAUCAUUCUCAAAAUCAUAACAACCAUAAUAGCAAUUCUCGUCAAAAUCAUCAUGGCCAUCAUCAUGGACGCAAUCAUCAUCGUGGACGGGGCAAGGGUCAUGUACGUCGACACCUUGAGCGUAUUCGUCAAGGCGACCAAACUUCCAGAUGACAAUUGGAGCUCAACUGUAUUGUUAUUAUACACCAACUCACUAAUAUUUUUAUUAGAGUGUAUAUCAUUGCUCUAUCUAAUCUCUUCAUCCACUUCUCUAUUUCAAGCAAUUUUAACUUAAGCAAUCGAGCAUCUGCAUUAUCACACUCAAAAUCGUUGCUUAGGAAUUCAUUAUAGGUAUUACUUUUCAGCAGCAUUAAAUGCGUCACGGUGUAUAAUAUGGAAAGUGUUGAUAUUACUUAUUAUUAUUGCUAUUUUUGCAAUUAUAAUUAUUAUCCAUUCAUUUUUAAUUAUAAUAUUAAACAGUGGUGCUAUUUUUUUCCAACAAAAGUAGCUGAUGUGAGUUGACCCAUAUACUGGACUCAUAGUUUUUCAAUUUCCUGAGAUUAUCAUUUUAAAACUAACUCAAUCAGUUUGAUAACCUACCUGCUGGUCGCAUGCAAAUAUAUGAUAUUAUCAAAUAUUCGGUAGUGUAUUGAAUACCACUCCUGUGGCUCAUUUGUUGUACAAAAUGGGAGAAAAACUUACACUUUUUGUACACUUUUUACACAUAACGAUGAAAAUCAGUCUAUUCAAAUAAAAUGAUUCAUGAUAUAUCAUCAUUUUUACACCUGCUGGAAAAGAUGUGUUUUACAAUAGUUCAUUUUAAAACAAACAUCACAUAUAAGUUUGUUUUAACUGCUUUUUUAUUCAUUGCAUAAUGAAUGACAUCACUGAUGAAGCAGUUAAUGUUGGUUUUUCAGAGAAAUGAAUGUUUUCUCUUGAGUUUAUAUUAUUCAAGCUAUGCUGUGAUAUACUUAUCUGUCCUUUUCAAAAAAUAUUAUAUAUUUAUUAUUUAGUAUAAUCACUUUAUCAAAUUCAUAACAUGAAUUUGAUUUGUAAAUUUAGGUUCUUCUUGUAUAAUUUUUUUUAGUUAUAAUUUUCUCACAGACCAUAUGAGCUUGUUAGGUUUAGAAAAUGGAAAUAGACGAUUAAAUGAAAUUUGUAGUUAAUGUAUAUUGCUCCAAGGCACUGCCAUAUUAUAUACCGUACCAUGAAUGUUGCCAAAAUUAGGAAAAAAUUUCAGUUAAAUACAUUUUUAAGCUAUACAUGUUGCUUGAAACAUGGAAAAAUUAAACUAAAUAUAAAAUAUUACUCAUCAUUAGUAACAGAAUUUAAUCUCAUGUAGAAAAAAAUGAAAUUUUUAAGAAGUAAUGAACUCUCAGUACUAAACUUGAUCUAUAAUACAAAAAUGAAUUUAUUAUAUUUAAUUUAAAUUGAUACAAAACCUUGUCAAUUAUUUGUAAAUACGCAUUAUUUAUUUUAAUUUACGUCAUUAAAAUUUUAGGUAUGCAAAGAUGUGCUUUAUUUCUUUAAGUAUUAAGAUUAAGAAUCGAUGGGAUAUUUGAUAUCCUGGAAUUUGUAAUUUUUUUUACAACACAACAAUUUAUUGUAACUAAAUUGUUAUACAGAAAAUGUUUCAUAUGCUACAUUUGUAUGGCACAAAAGUUAUAAAAAAGAAUUGAUGCAGUUGACAUAUGUUUUAUACUUGCCACGUAAUGAAAGCCAUUAUAACAGUUAACAAUAUAUCUUGUAAGUUAAUACUGUUAAUCUAAUCAAUAAUCUUCAUUGUACUCAAAUUUUAAAUUAAAUAAACGUGAAAUAUCGCACAAUA